UGCUGUCACAUUUCACUCACCUAAACCACCGAAGCAAUGUGAUCAGUAAUGGCCUCUUUCUGUUAACACCAAAAGCUCGUUUAGCUUUAACGGUUCCCAUUUUUUUUUACCGAAACGUCAUUAAUGUUGGAGUUUCACUGUUCUUUCUCCGAGUGGCUCUUAGCUUAAAAAUGAAAAAUCUUUCCACGAUGUAAAAGAAGAAGCUCUCGUUUUCCACGGCAAUAACACUUGGAGAGACUGCAGAAUGAAUCAACGUGAGUGGAAAGAUGCUGUCCACAAACUCCAGAGACUUCUGGAGCCAAGCUGCCACAGCAUGGGGAAUGCCUCCAGAGGUUACAGAGAGUGGGACACUUACCACGAACACUCGAGAUAUACUGUUCCUGAACCACAUAGGAGUGAUGUGAGGUGGAAAGAGCUCAGUUCUUCAUCUCAUCACGUUCAUAGUAAAGUCCCAGAGGUGGAGGACCCGGACGGAGAGCCACUGCCAUACAGUGAAGAGGAUGUAGAGCUAGCAAGAAACAAGCAGCUCCUCAGAGAGAUGGAGGAGAGAAUUAUGCACAAGAAAGCUACACUCGCCACGAAAACGCGGUUUGUGGAGACACCACCAGGUGUUUCCGGUGACGAGCCUCCGGCUAUGUGUGUAGGUCAAACUCUAAGAGACAGAGUGAAGGAGAUUCUGAUGCAGCGACAAUACCUCAGCUAUUUCUCAAAGGUGCAGUCGGCCAGAGAGAGAAGGAGCUCCUCCUGCCCGAGCAAAGGCGGUGUGCUGCAGGAACAGCAUCCUCUGAAGCUCAGAGUGAAGGUUCUAAUGAAGAAGAGACACACUGUUGUACCACCUUACAGUGAACAGGGCCCUGACGUUGCGUGGCCUCCUUCCAGCCCAAGCGUUACAUCACCGGCUAAGAGAGAGGACGUCAUCAACAAGGGUUUCGAGUGCUUCCUCAGCGUGCUCAACAAAGGAGUCGACAUCAACUUGCUCAAACCUGAGGAUGACUGUGGCGAGGUCCCUGGUGUGUCACUGCCACCUCUCGGUCGAAGCAUUUCUUCACCAGCAAAGGAUGAAAAUAAUGUCAACAAGGGUUUUGAGCGCUUCCUCAGCAUCCUCAACAAAGGCGUGGACAUCGAAAAGUUUAACAAGAUUAUGAGCAAUGAUAGAGAGGAUCUUCCUUUAGGUGAGGAGCCCCUGAACAUUCAGAUCCCUGACGUGGAGAGCAAAUCAGAUCCACCCUUUAGGACUGAGAAGCAACAGCUGAAUAGUGGAGCUUCGCUGCUGGGCCUCAGACAGCCCAGUGAAAGUAUACUCAGCAUGGACAAUGACAUUGAGCCAAGCCUCACCCAGAGAAAGGAAAGCCAACGGUUGUUUAGUGGUGCCUCACUGCAAGGUCUCAGCCCACCCAGUGAAAACCAGUGCUCAAACAGUAGAGCCAUUCUGUUACUCAGCCAGGCCAGUGAGAGCCAGUGGUCGAAGACUGAAGCCUCGCUGAAAGGCUUCAGCCAUCCCAGCAAGAGUAUUGGCAGCGGUGCCUCACAGCCAGUACUCAGCAAAGCCAGUGACAGUGAGCGGGCAGGCAGUGGAGCCCUGCUGACAGACUUCAACCACGCCAGUGAAAGCCAACAGUUAAAUACCGAAGCCUCACUGUCAGGCUUCAGCCUACCUAGUGAGAACCAGCACUCAAAAACUAGACCCAUUCUUCUAAGCCACGGAUGGGAAAGUGAGAGCCAUCGAUCGAAGAGUGGAUCCUCACUGAAGGAUCUCAGUCAGAAAAAUGAGAGUCUACUCAGUACAGCCAAUGAAGGUGAACCGGGCCUCAACCAGUCAAAGGAAAGCCAACGAUUAAAUACUGGAGCCUCGCUGAGGGGCCUCAGCCAGUCCAGUGAAGGUACUGGCAGUGGUGCUCCACAGCCUGGACUCAACAAAGCCAAAGACGGUGUGCGGUCAGACAGUGGAGUCCGGCUGACGGGCCUCAGCCAAGCCAAUGAAAGCCAACAGUUAAAUACUGGAGCCACAUCACCCAGUGAGAACCAACUCUCAAACACUAAGCCCAUUAGGCUGAACCUCAACUGGGCAAGCAAGAGCCAGUCGUUGAAAAGUGGACCCUUGCUGAAGGGUCUCAACCAGGACAGUAAGAGCCAGCAUUUAAAGAGUGGUGCCCUAAUUCCCGGGCUCGGUGAUGACAGUGACAGCGAGUCAAAUGGUAGAAACCUGCUGGCAGGCCUCAACAAGACCAACAGUAGAGAGAAAAAGACUGACUCAUCUACUCGAGAGAGGCUCUUCUUACCUGGUGAGGAGGAGGAGAAGAAGAAGAAGAGCAAAAGAGACCACAGUUUGGGCUCUAGUAAUCGAUUAAAGUCUCCGGUGGCACUGAAGAAGAAGGAGGAGGAAGAAACCUCAUCGGUGAGUGAGCAGCAUGAACAGCUGCAGAGCAUUCUUAAAACUCUGGGAUGGAACCUGGACGUGGACGAGCUGAGCAAACUGGCAAACCGCACUCAGGAGAGGCUGUGCGGGAGAAAAAACGAACGUGUGAACAGCAAAGAGGAGCACGAGAGCCGCCAGGAGCACUCUCGUGACCGAGAUCGCAGGAAGUCCUCAUCAGGCUCUCCUCUGCGGAGCAGCAAAACAGACCAGAGUCAGGAGAGAAUGCAUGGGAGCAAGAGCGAAGGGAGGGUGAGGAAGAGUGAAGGGAGGAGGAGGACUGAGAGCAGAGGGGAGGACGAGACACAGCAGAGGCGCUCUCUUAGAGAUCACAGAAAUUCCUCGUCCUCAUCUUCCUCCAGGUCAACCUCUAGAAGCUCUAGCCCGAGCCCCUCAUGCCGUCGACGCUCUCGCAGCAGAGAUUUGAAACGGAGGCGGAAGGCCGAACGAAGCCGCUCGCGAGAAAGAAGCAGAGAGAGACUGAAACACAGAGAUCGAUGGAACAGCAGAGAAACACUGAGGGACAGAGAGCGAAAAGACUCAAAACAUUUUUCUGCUUAUCCAUAUUCACAAAAUCCCGUGUUUCCUCAUCCUGCUGCUUCUCCAUAUCCAGACUACAUUUUGUCUCAGUACUCGCAUUUUGCUCUUAGCCAGAGUGGCCACUACAGCGGUGCUACAAAUCCUUACUGGUCAUACAAUCAGUACAACACUCCUCCCUCUCUUUCUGCCAGCAGCCAACCUUACCCGCACUUUCCUGGCUCUGUAGUGGCACCUAACAUGGCUUUCCCUGAUCCCAGCCUUCUUACAAACAGUGCCUCAUUUCCAAACCCGGACCUGUCUGUGAGCGAAGGCCAAGAUGGGUCAGCCUCUGUUUCUCGCUGCCUGAGAGUCAUCAAUACCGAGCAGGCAUCCUCUCAGAGCCUCACAGGUGGACACAACUGGAGACGGGGUCGCAAAAAACUUAUGGGAGAUUUCAGGAAUCCCAAAAGUAUUUUAGAGAAACACAAUAAUGCAUUGAAGACACCACUGGCACCACAGGACUCAAAGGUAUGCACCAAGACUGUGGGUAAUGACCCCUGCACUGAGGAGUUAAAAGAGGAGAAGCCGCAGCUAACAGAGGAGGAAAUAAAGGCGAACCUGAGGAAAAAGCUUGAAGCUUUUAACCAGAAGGUAAAGAACACGAGCCAGAUGCCUCAGUCCAAAGUCAUGCAGCCGGCAAACUCCCUGAUCUCUGAGAUAGACUGAACGAAGCGUCUGUGUCCGGUGAGGAUUUGUAUUUUUUCAGCCUUGUUCACAUGUAAUGUUUAAUUCUUCCUCUACAUUUGUCCCUGACCUCCAACGCCUUUCUGUCAUCUGAAAUAGAUUUUUGCACAGUUCAUUAUUGGUCUGCUUUCAUGUUUUAGCUCUGUGCUUCUGUGAAUGUCACCAGUUUUGUUUAAUGUUGAUUACAAGAACUAUUUUUUGUAGGCCGUACUGUAGUUUGUUAAUGAGAAAUGUAUAUUUUCAUCGUUAAAAACGUUUCAGCCUGUACAGUUUCCAGUUUUACAUUCACUCUGUCACACUAAUAAAGAAAUCUUAC